UAAGUGUUUCAACUUCUUCCAUUUUUCAACUAACUCAAAUUUCACUUUCAUUCCUCUCUCUUAUUUAUCCCCUUUUUUUUCUCUCUCUCAAUGAAUAAUUAAACACCACCAUGGGUUUUCUCCGGCGACUUUUCGGCGGCAAAAAACACCGUAAUCCACCACCGGAACUCACUUUUUCCAAACCCGAAAAGCACAACAGAAGCUGGAGUUUCGCUAAGAACAGUACAAGGGAAAAAUCCAAUUCACUUUCUUCACUAAACAACAGAAAUUCUGAACCUUCUAUUACUUCUGAUAAUUUCGACGCUAAUAAACAUGCCAUUGCUGUAGCCGCCGCUACCGCCGCCGUCGCUGAGGCCGCACUCGCCGCCGCUCAUGCUGCCGCGGAGGUUGUCAGACUGACGAGUAACACCGGCUCCGGAAAUUCUGCCGGAAUACCUGCAACUCCGACAAGUGGCCGGCGACGGUUGCCGGAGGAAAUUGUCGCCGCCGUGAAGAUUCAGUCGGCGUUUAGAGGUUAUUUGGCAAGGAGAGCAUUAAGAGCACUUAAAGCAUUGGUGAAGUUGCAAGCAUUGGUGAGAGGUCACAUAGUAAGAAAGCAAACCUCAGAUAUGCUAAGACGCAUGCAAACAUUGGUUCGACUUCAAUCGCGCGCACGUGCGAGUCGUUUGCACGUGUCGGAUAAUACAGACUCUUUCAAGUCUUCACAUUCGCGUUAUCCAGUUCCUGAUGAUUAUGAGCAUCCGCUUCGUGUCUAUAGUACGAAAUUCGACGGAUCUUCCAUCCUCAAGAGAUGUAGUUCAAAUGCAUAUUAUAGAGACAUGAACUUAGAAAGAGCCCGGUUCGGUUCGAGUUGGUUAGACAGUUGGAUGGAAGAAAAUACACGGAGCCAAACCGGCGAUUCUUCAUCUAGUACCAAACAUCUUGAUGAUGAAAAGAGUGAUAAGAUUCUUGAAGUAGAUACAUGGAAGCCACAUUUGAACUCACACCAUAGUACUAGUAACUCUUUUCAUGCCACAAAUCACUACUCAUCUUCUAAUUACAACAAUGACAAUUUUAUAGCAUUCGAGUCGCCCUCGAAGCGUUCUUCUAAAACUCACAAUUCAAUUCUCUCUUCUAUGAAACAUCAUAAAGGAAAAGAAGAACUAGCUUCACGAACGGCCGAGAAUAGUCCGCAGGCAUUUUCGGCUUCUUCGAGACAUGGAAGUGGUGGAAGGAGAGAUUCUUUUACACCAACUAAAAGUGAGUGUUCGUGGGGUUUCUUCAAUGGUUACUCGGGUUAUCCGAGCUACAUGGCGAAUACCGAGUCUUCAAGAGCGAAGGCUCGGUCGCAAAGUGCACCAAGACAAAGGCUAGAGUUUGAAAGAUAUGGUGCAACAACAAGAUCUAUUCAAUGUCUUUGGGAAUCAGGGUCUAAUUCAGAUAGAAAUUCUAGCUUGAAUAGAAUUGGAAGUAACAAUUUAAGGUGACAUUACAAGUUUUAGGGAUGAAGAGUUUGAAGAGACAUUGGUUUCUUGUGGUUUGGUUUUAUGUGUAUUAAUAGCAAGUUUUAGGAUGUAAGUAUUUGACAUGUAUUCGUAUAGUUUUUGUCACAAUGUUUAACUCAUGAUUUUGUUUGACUAAAUUUUUGUAUGUUGAAAUGUUAUAACUUAUUUUGAGUGUUUUUCAUUAA